AUGCCAGUUAUCCUCAACCUCCAUAUUUGUCUAGACGAUGCCGCUUUUCAUUUGAAUAAUCCCUUUUUUGCCAAAUUGCCUGAAGCUUAUGCGAUUUUCGAUCCAAUUGUUAAUGUAAUGCCAAUUAUCCCUCUGUUCUUUUUUUUAUUAGCCUUUGCUUGGCAAGCUGCCGUAAGUUUUCGAUAA